UUUGUUUUUGGGGUCGAUUUGAUAAUGAUUAGGCCAACAAACUAAAAGCAUUGAAUUGAUGAUUCAGAAAAAUAGCUGCUAAUAUCAACAAAAGAGAUUUCCCUUUUUCCCAUUUGUUGUUCCCAGUUUCGUCUUUCCUUCCUUUCCCCCCUUCCAUCGUAUUAUUCAUAUAUAUCUCUCUCUAUUUAUAUCCUUCUCCUCCUUUUUUGUGCAUAAUUCCAUAAAUAUCUAUUACAUCAUCCAUCAUCACUUGCCUUUUCUGUAUCUUCGAUUUCACGAAGAAAGGUUAGAUCUUUUGCCUAUCCCCCAUUUGAUUGUUGAUAUAUACACGCUGGAGUAGUUUUCUUCUUCAAUUUUCUAAUUAGGGAAUUUUUUUUCCGAUUUGGGUUUUUGAUUGAUUGGUGAAAAAGGAUAUAGUGGGAGGGGAGGAGGAGUAUAUAUGCUGAGAGAGCAAACGGGCGUUUAAGAAUUAUUGUUGAAUUGGAGGAGUUUGCGUAAAAGAUUUAUUAGCUGGGAAUCAGAAGGGAAAAAAUUAAAUGGCGAAUUUUUUCGUGAAGGCUGUGCCCCCUACGGAUCUGAAUAGGAACACGGAAUGGUUCACGUAUCCAGGAGUUUGGACCACUUAUAUAUUGAUCUUGUUCUUCUCUUGGUUGAUGGUGCUUUCUGUAUUUGGUUGUUCUCCUGGCAUGGCUUGGACUGUUGUCCAUCUCUCUCAUUCCUUGAUUACGUAUCACUUUUUCCAUUGGAAGAAGGGAACUCCUUUUGCUGAUGAUCAGGGUAUCUACAACAGGCUGACUUGGUGGGAACAAAUAGAUAGUGGCAAGCAACUCACUCGUAAUCGAAAGUUUCUCACUGUUGUUCCCGUGGUGUUGUGAGUAUCUAUCUUUUGCUUUUGUUUUAUAUUAUCUGAAAGUCAUGGGAUUUUUGUCCUAUUUAAUAGUUCAGCAGUUUCUGUCUCCUAUUGCAUCAUGCGAGCGAUACUGUGCACUGUUAGGAUGAGUUUCUAUCUCCCGAAAUUAUAUUGUGUUUCCCAAUUUUUCCUCAGUAAAAAACCAGUUAGUUCCAGGUUUGAAAUCUCCAAGUUAAGCUUUCAUGCAAUGUCAGUUGAGCUUUUAUGGAAAAACAAUCAUAAUAUGAGAGAAAAGUUAAGGGGGAAAAACUUAAUUUAUGCUCAUGUAUCAGUUUGUCACUGGUCUGUCAUUCAGGGGGAUUAACUGUUAUUUAACUCUCCUGUCAAGGAGGUAUUGUUAAGUAAUCAGACCUUUGUACUUUUGUCUACUAUGACUAGAGCAGUUUGUUUUUGAUUGGGUAUCUUCCUUUUAGUGGCAGACACUGAUUUCUGCUCUGUCCAGGGAGCAACUAAAACUUCGAAGAUUUUUUGCUGUCAGUUUUUUGAUGAAAAAGAAUUUCACCAAACCUAUUACUGUGGGCUGUAUUCUCCCUUUCUUUUUGUGUUUCUGAACCUCAUUUAAGUAACCAGUUGCUGAUGCAUUUGCAGUUUUUUUCCCUUUCUUAUGGUGUUUUGUUUUUAGUCUGUUCCAUAUGGCUUGAGAUUUCUGUUUAGACUUUUACUAGCAAUUAGAAGAGUAAUUGUGGCAGAGCUUUUAGUAGAAGCUAUCAUAUUAAUAAAGCUGUUCCACGUAUGAUUCCUUGGCUAAUGGCUUUGGUUUUUUGUUUGUCUCAUAAUGGAAGAAAUCCUGCUACAUCAUUAUGUUAAAGUGAAGAUGUAACAGAAAAGAUUAAAUUCUUCUGAUGCUAGUGGAGUUUAUCUUCUUUAUUUGUCCAUGACUUUUGUGGGGUUUGAGCAGAAUACCUUUUCCACUUUCCCUUCUUUCAUCCUUGGCCCUCGGCAAGCUUCUUCUUUUUCCCGUUAUGAAAUUGUUUUAGACCGUUGAGCCUGAUCUAGCUAGGAAUGCCAUCAGGGGGGUUUUUUGGACUUGGGUGCUCUGUGAUGAGAAAAUAGUACUCCAGUAUGUUAUUGUUAAACAUGGUUCAGUAGGGGUUACAACUACCCGGGGGGUGGUUAAUGUUAUUGUACUGAGAUCAUUUAGAAUCGCCUAAUUGUUCAUAGGCAAGUAGUUGUGAACACUUUAUUGGGUAAAACAUGGUUCAAUUUAAUUAUAGAAUUAUCACUAUGCAAUGGGUUGCAUAUUCCCACUGUGAAAAUGGUGUUUGAAACUGUUGAAGAUUGUAUACAUUGUAUUUCUCAACCAUGUCAUGAUUUACCUUUCAUCUAGUUGAGACCAGGGGGUAUUUUUAAUUAUAUUUUUUUUUUAUGAAAUCUGUUUGGUCUGGCAGGUACUUGAUAGCAUCACACACGACCGAUUAUCAACACCCAAUGCUGUUCUUCAACACGCUGGCAGUGUUCGUUCUAGUGGUUGCCAAGUUUCCCCACAUGCACAAGGUUCGUAUUUUCGGGAUAAAUGCAGAUCAGUGACUGGGAAGGCAUCGCGACGGAAUGCUACACAAGUUCUAGUUUUUCAGCCUGCAAUAUUUUCAGUCGUCUGACAUAUACAAUGCAGUAGCGCUAGUCGUGGAUGAACUUGUACAGCUAAGAGUACCAACAUUAUGUUUACUUGGUGAAUAUGUGGGCUUAUUUCUCUGGGAUUUGAGGUUUUGUACAAGCGGACAUUGCUGAAAUUGUAAUCAGCAUAAACCCUAAGUCAGGGACCUUUGUAAGUCAUCUGUUUUGAAGAAGAUAAAGCAGUAAAAAUCAUGUCCUCCUUAUUCAUGUAGUAGUAGAGUUUCCACUUUUCCAGUUUGUUAAACGAAGGAAAUGAACUUUGGAGAAAAUACGCUGCACUUAAAUAAAUCAUGAACAAGCUCUUUUUCCGAGUUUGGACGAUUUAGAGGUCAUUGUCCUGCACUGGCAAUUUGGCCGGCUCUGAUUUGGAGUUUUGACUCUUUUUUAUCUCUCUUGGUGUUCCGCCUGGUGGAUACAUAUAUAGUCUUUUUCUUUUCACAUCAACAAAGGAACAAUAUUUAGGCGCAGUUGCCCCUCUGGUUGAGUUCUUUGUUUAUGUUGGUCCAGAAGUAGAAGAACCUAACUAUCCAACAAGGCUGCACAUCUUGAUUAAACCAUUUUGUUGACAAAAUUGCAACUGAUGGAUGGAUGAUCAACUAAGAAAUAGUGCCAAAGUUAUGAAAUUGAAGGUGUCAUUUUUUUAUUUUUGUUUUCAUUUGUGAGCCCCAAAAAUCAUUCUGAAUUGGCCAUACUUAUGCUUAGCCCUCAAGUCAUUAGUGGACAGCAAGGUGUGAGUGUGAUUUGAGUAGAGGUUUGCGCAUUGAGUUUUCCAAUUUCCAUUUUAGCCAAAAGGGAGCAGGACGGAUUUGGUAAUUAGAAUUCGGAAGACAUGGAAGCCUUUUAUAUAACUUUGAACUAUGGAAAGUGACAUCCAUAAUACACACACAUACUGGAUUCUGAUUUAGGUGUUAU